AUGCACUCAAGGAUCGAGACGACAGGCUUAAAUUACGUAGAGAUAAACUUCGCACCUUAGAUGACGCCCUGUCGCUGACUUGUGAACUUGAAGCUUUUCGUCUCGUGGAUGGAGAUGAGCGGAGAAGCCCUCUUCAGAUUCGCUCUGUGGUUGAAGCUGAUAAAGAGCCUGAUUUGCUUAAAGCUCAGCUGGAUAUGUUACGUUCUGACAUUCGAGUGCAACAACAACGUCAGGAGACUCAGCAAGUUGCUAUGCAACAGUUAGUUGAGCAGAUACGGCAGCUCUCCAAGUCACUCUCUUUGAACACCUCUGGUAGCCAACAGCGAUUACCUCCCUCACGUUACUCCAACUGCAAUGUUCAAUGCUGGAAUUGCAAAGAAUUUGGCCAUUAUCGUCGUAACUGCCCAAAGUAUAAGUCACUUGACCGAGCCAACCCGGACUCGGGAAACGCCCGCAGGGUGUCGCCCACGGGCCAGGGGGAUGCCUAGAUGCGAGUGAUGUCGGCCCCACAAGUGGUACGGAUGUGAACAAUGCAUUCUCUCAGCAAUUGCCAAACCAGGAAAUGACAUGUCCUGAUACACCCAUGGAACAGUCACAUGUUAAUGAAAAGUUACGAGGCCUUUACUUGCCAGGCUUUCUUGGAGGAUCUCGUGUCAUGUGGUUGAUAGACACUGGUGCCGCACGUUCAGUUUUGUCGUUAGAGGUUUAUAAUUCUUUACCUGCUAGCGUUAAGUUCAGUUUGAGUUCAGGAAAUUCUGCCAUUGCUUUUGCUAAUGGUCAACAAGCGAAAACUUAUGGUGUGGGACAUUUUGUCAUGCGCCUUGGUAACAGCGAGUUUCAAAUGCAUGUAAUUGUUGCUGAGAUUGGGGAUGAGGGCAUUUUGGGUAUGGACUUCCUGUCUCAAGUUGAUUCACGUAUUGACAUUGCGACAAACCAACUGUCAAUUAAUGGCGAAGUGUUUAAUUGUUCUGAUUCAAGAACCAACCCCUUAGUUCCAGAUGUAUGGUUCGACGGUCAACCUUGAUUGACCCUAACACUGAGGUGAUCGUCCCAGUCCUUGUUCACAAGCGUUCAUUUAACUUACACCCAAAGUCGUCUCAAUUAGGCACGCGAUUGUUAGAACCAUGUCUGAACUAACAUUUGCAACAAAAGGGACUUAAUCUUGCAAGGACUCUGGUUGAUGUUACGGAGGACAGGGUGGUCCCCUUACGUGUUUUCAAUGUUUCUAAUGAAGUGUUUCAUUUGGCUGCUGAGACUGUGAUUGCCCUCGCUAAGCCAGUUACUGAUGUCACCUCACUAGAGCUUAAUGAAGAGAACCAUGACGGUGCUAUGGGCCAAGCUAGAGUAAUAAAUGAACAUGUGUCACAAGGAGCAGUCGAGACGACUCUACCGAAGGCCUUGCAGGAACUACUUGAGAGAAGCACAGAUAAUUUAACUGACAGUGCAACCGAGAGACUGCAGGAGUUGCUAUUCAAUUACAAGCAUGUGUUCUCCAUUUCAGACGGGGACUUAGGCGCCACGCACAUGGUCUAG